AUGGAAGAAAUGGAUGUACUGUAUGAUAUCAUAGUUGAAAAUCCUUCCAAAAUUAACGAAACAAUAUUCGAGGCUGUCGAAACUCCCCUCGCAGCAUCCACUCCAAAAAGGAAACCUUCCUGGAGCGACUUAGAACAGAGUGUUUUAAUUGAAUUUGUUUCAAAAAAUGAGCAGAAACUUUUUGGAAAGUUUAAAGGACCGGGGAGGGGAAAAGUAGAGAGAGAAACUUCCUGGGAGGAUGUAGCAAGAGCUGUAAACGAAGUAGGUAUUUACUUUCGGACAGGGAAGGAGGCAUCAAAGCAGUAUGCCAAUUUGAAAGCCAGAGCUAAAAUAAAUUUUAUUUUUAUUAUUGUUCUGGACAAACUGUCCCAAAUUAAAAGACCCAAGACAGGUGGAGGUCCAAAGCCCCCAUCACCAACCCCUGUUGAGCAAGCCAAGAGAGGAACUAAAUUAGAGAAGGAAAGGGAUCAGGUGGCAUCCAUCUCAACAUGCAGCGAGGGUCAAGAUUCAUCUUCAGACACGUACACCUCAGUGCCACCUCGCUCUAAUAAAGAAAACAAAAAGGAACAGAGUUUAUUAAUUCUACAGAAAGAUCUUCUCAAGACAGAAAAGAGAAAGUUAGAGUUAAAAUGGAGCUGA